AUGCACAAUGACGGAGCUGUCUUUCUAAUUGGGAAAAAUAUUUUCUUGCGUGCAGAUUACGUUCCUUCGGACGAGUGCUACUGCCCGGUUGAGAUUAGCAGCUGGUUGGAGGCGAUGAAAUGUCCCGCGAGUUAUAAACAACUCGACGAGGAUUUGUCAUAUUUUCAAUCUGUCAAUAUGACAGGUGUCCACGCGGAGUUCCUGCGCACUUUUAACAAUCCUGGGGCCCAGUCAGUGUGUCACUACGUGAUUAAGAACAACCAAGUAUUCAGAGAAUGCUUCGGCGAGCAUGUCGGCUUCAAGAUGUUCGUCGAUGCAAUACUCCUCAGUUUGACGAGGCGGAUACGUUUGCCGGAUGUCGAAUUCUACGCGAAUCUAGGUGAUUGGCCAUUGGUGAAGCCAGGCAGCAAUUUCCCGCUGUUUUCGUGGUGUGGAUCUGACGACACGGCUGACAUUUUGUGGCCGACGUAUGAUUUGACCGAAGCCACACUUCAAAUGCUCAAUAGAGUCACGUUGGACGUGUUUUCAGCCGCAGCGAAUGCCGAAAUGCCGUGGGAAAAGCGAGAGGAGAAGGCAUUUUGGCGUGGGAGAGACUCGAACCGCGAGCGACUCGACCUUGUCCGUUUUUCCAAGCGGAAGCCGGAUAUUGUGGACGCUGGCCUCACGCGGAUGUUCUUCUUUCGGGACCAGAUGCACGAAUUUGAGCCACUCUCGCCGCAUAUCUCGUUCUUCGACUUCUUCCAGUACAAGUACAUGGUGAACGUGGACGGAACAGUUGCUGCGUAUCGACUGCCGUACCUCCUCGCCGGGGCGAGCCUGGUACUGAAGCAGGACUCCAAGUACUACGAGCAUUUCUACUCCGAGCUGAUCCCCGGGGAACACUAUCGUCGCUUGCAACGUGAUCUCGGCGACUUGGAGGCCCGAGUGCGCGAGGCGAGACGCGACGAUGCGAGUGCUAGGCGAGUCGGUUUGGCUGGUCGUCGAUUCGUGCUUGAACGGUUGCAUCCACAACACGUGCUCUGCUACCACGUUCUGCUUUUAAAGGGUUGCCUCCGGGUCAUCCAAGGCAAUUCCGCCAUUUUCAUCAGCAGCCGCCGUCACAGCCGCCACUUUGGCGGCUGCCAGCAAAACUCUGCCAGG